CAGAAUUCGCGAUGUCUCCCGCGGCAGCACGGAGUCUUCUCGCGGUCUACAUCGUACUUACUGCCUUAUGCCCGAUAUUCUCAGCCAGCAAGCCCCUGCAGCCCCGAAAUGUGAAGCUGACGAAGGUGGACAAGGGCCUGCAGGUCACAUGGGACCCCCCUAACCAAUUAGACGGGCGGCCUGUGGAGCGCUACAACAUCGCCUACGGCAAGUCCAUGAGAGCACUGCGCCGGAUCACCGUGGGCAAGGACCAGCGCUCCGAGAUCCUGGAGGACGUGGAGCCUGGAGUUCUGCACUUUCUCAAGAUGAGUGCAGAGAACGAGGAUGGGCUCAGCAAGCCAGUCUACAGGGCAGAGGUUCCAGGAGGCCCCGAGUUCGUCAAACUGGACGGGUUUGCCGUAGAGAGCAGCAGUCCCCGAAACACGUCCACCGGGAGGUUUGGGGCCCCCCGCAGGUCGCAGCAGAGGUCCCAGAAACCCAUGCGGGCCCCCCAGUCGUCGUCGGGGCCCCGACAGCCGGUCCGAGCUCAGGAGCAGCCGGCGGUCCAGAGGAUGACCAGCCGCAGGGUGGACGUGUCGCAGCCGCAGGCCGACCAGCGCAACAAGCCCAAACUCGCGUCUGAGUCCGUCUAUGUGGUAUCACUGCAGGCCCAGAGAGCUGUAGGCAGAAGUUCACCCAUCAAUAAGGCCCUCGUGAACAGAAAACACACACCAGAACCACCAGAGGUAGAGGAGGCGGAGGACAUCACGGUCAGAGUCAUGUCCCCUCAGUCUGUCCUCAUCACCUGGGUAGACCCGCUCAUCGAGAAGAAGAAGAAAUCGGUCCCGGAGGGAUCCAGGCAGUAUACAGUGAAGUACAGAGAGAAAGGCGAGUCUGCGCGCUGGGAGUACAAGGACACAAGCCAGAGGCGUCUGAUGGUGGAGACCCUGUCUGCAGACAGCAUGUACGAGUUCUCCGUGCGCAUCUCCCACCGCGGCACAGAGGGCAAAUGGAGCACCUCCGUUUUCCAGAGGACACCCGAGUCAGCUCCGUCGGGACCGCCGGAGAACUUCCAGGUGAAGCCGCUGAGGGGGAAGGGCACUGCCGUCACGGCAACCUGGGACCCCCCAGAGGAGCCCAACGGAAGGCUGCGAGAGUACAUCCUGUCGUACGCGCCGGCGCUGAAGCCGUUCGGGGCCAAGUCGGUGACGUACCGCGGCGGCACCACCUCCGCCACCGUGGACGGCCUGCAGCCCGGCGAGCGCUACGUCUUCAAGAUCCGCGCCGUCAACCGCCGGGGACAGGGCCCGCAGACCAAGGCCUUCAGCGUGGCCAUGCCAGCCAGCACUUCUGCCACCUCAUCCAGUCAUCACUCCAGGACUCCCGACAGACACAAGCCGUCGCCGACGGAAGAGGACGACUACGACGAGACCGACCUGCAGGAGACGACGGCGACGGUGACGGACGAGCCUCGGCGACGGUCCACGCCCGCCCCCCCGGCCGUCCGGCGGACGCGCCCGCUCACCCAGACGCGGUCGUACCACAGCAUCUUCUCCUCCGUCCGAGGCUCGUCCUCGAGGUCGUCGGGGGCGAGUCGCUCCAGAGGCCGAGAGAGCGAGAAGGCGAGGGAGGAGGAGGACGAGGAGAAGCCCAUCGACGCUCCGAAGGAGGAAGAGGAGGCGACGGUGAACGAGGCCACCGCCGACGAGGAGGAGGAGGAGAGGAAGUACACAGACUCAGACGCACACGGACACAAAACGCCAUCCAAAACAGACGGGCAUGAGGACCCCGAUGCGCACGGACAGAAAACUGCAUCUAUGCCAGGUGGGCACAAAGACGCCGACGUGCAGGGACACAAGACGCCCUCCAGAACAGACGGGCAUGAGGACCCCGAUGCGCACGGACACAAAACUGUACCAGGCGGGCACAAAUCUGUACCAGGCGGGCACAAAGACGCCGACGUGCAGGGACACAAGACGCCCUCCAGAACAGACGGGCAUGAGGACCCCGAUGCGCACGGACACAAAACUGUACCAGGCGGGCACAAAUCUGUACCAGGCGGGCACAAAGACGCCGACGUGCAGGGACACAAGACGCCCUCCAGAACAGGCGGGCACACGGACGCUGGCACGCACAGACUCAAAACGCCCACUAGGAGGGGCGGGCACUUAGACGCUGGCACGCACAGACUCAAAACGCCCUCCAAAACGAGCGGGCAAACAGACGCAGACGCACACAGACACAAAACAGGUGGGCACGAGGACCCUGACACACACAGACACAAAACACCCUCGAGGAGGGGCGGGCACUUAGACGCUGGCACGCACAGACUCAAAACGCCCGCCACAACGGGUGGGCACGACGACCCUGAAUCACACGGACACAAAACGCCCUCUGGAACGGGCGAGCGCCAGGACUACAGUAAGCCAUCAGUAGACAGGCCCACGCCCGCCCCAGAGAAGCCCACCGAAGAGCCAGAGACUGACCGCCCCGUCCAGGGCUCCUCCUCCCACUCUCCCUCCUCCUCAGACCCUGCUUCUGGCCAGCCCAGGAGGCCAAUCACGCGCAACCCGGUCGUCAGGUCCCGAGUCCGCAACGGUGGCUCCUCCUCAUCGUCGUCUUCGUCGCGGUCAUCUCCGUCUGUCCCGGUGUCUGGAGACAGCAGGAGGGACAGCAGCAGGAGUGGCUAUCCAGACAAGAAGGACGCUCAGACCAGAGACUCGCCUACCAGCUCCACUCCCAAAGAAAGCAGACCAAGACCAGAGGUGGACACGUCGUCAUCAUCAUCAUCAUCAUCAUCAUCAUCAUCAUCAUCAUCAUCAUCUCCCUCAGAUCCCUCUACCUCUGUCCCCUCUUCUCCUGAUUCUUCCUCUGGUUCCUCAUCUUCAUCUUCGUCUUCGUCGUCGUCGUCGUCGUCCCCCUCCUCUUCCGGGUCGGGUCAGUCCGGCAACGGCAGGACCACGGGCUCAUCCACGGGCCGUUUCACCGGCUCUGGCUCCGUGAUGAUCAACGGCAAAAAGGUCACCCUCCCCUCCAGAUGGAGUCGGCUCAUGACCGGCCAGCGCACCCCGGCCUCAGGCUCCUCCUCGUCCACGUCCUCGUCCUCGUCCACAUCCACAUCCACGUCCACGUCCGCUGGGUCUCGGUCUGGAUCGACCCAGAACCAGGCCCAGACCCAAAGCCAGGAUCGGAACCCGAGCUCCCCCUCUCCCAGCAUCCAGGACACCAUAAAUCCGCGGGAUAGCAACCCAAGCACACACAGGCAGGCGACCAAGGACGAGGAGCCAACAUCCAGUUAUGAAGCCAGCCGCUCGCAUUCCUCCGCGGUGAAGAAAGACAACACUGACAGGCUGAGAGGGAGAGCGGAGGAGGAGGCGGAGGCGAAGGAGGAGGAAGAGGAGGUGAACGAGCAGGGGAGCAAUCCGAGCUCCUCCACGCGACAGGGCUCGUCGUUUAACCCUUCUUCCGCCAGGCGGACCGGGGACCAGCGCGUCAGGUCGGAAAUCGCGAACCGCUUCCCGGUCAGGCAGGACGGCAGGAUUCCGUGGAGCCGAACGAGCUCCUCGUCCGUCGGGAACAGGAGGCCGGUGGUGCGGACGAAUCCCCCUCGCUCAGGCGUUCCCGAGAGCCCGGAGAGGGGCGAUAAAACUAGAACAGCCUCUUCGCCGUUCCCCUCAAAGCACAAAGUGGACGAUGUGGCCCCUAAGCCCUCAGUGCUGGACAGGGACAGAGUUUCCGCAGGGUCUCGCCUGCCGUCCAGCACGAGGACAGACACACACUCUCCCAAGCAGAGCUCACAGAUCGAUAACGACCAUGACGAUGACUAUGAUUAUGAGGACUACGAUAAGUAUGACAAGAUGGCGGAGACAACACUCAAAACAACUACCUCAACCACAACCACGACUACUACUACAACUACAACUACUGCUCCUACCACUACUACAACUACUACUGCAAGCACCACCACUAGUCCUGCACAGAACCCUGGGGACUACAGCGAGCGGAGAGAACAGUCGCCUGGAAGAACCGGUUCUCAGUCGGUUCCCUCGUAUGCCCGCCGUCCCUUCCAGGGUGCUGGUGGGAGAACACGUUCCCCUGUCGUAGCGUCAAACCGGCAAAGCGGCUCUCGGUUCCUCGGCAGGCUGUCGCCAGUGAAGCACACAAAGUUGGGAUCUAAGCCUGACUCUUCGUCACCACACUUCUCCUCUUCCUCCUCUUCUCCCUCACAGUCUUCCCAUGAUGUUCCUGAGCAGUCGCAGGACACGGCUAACAGUAGAACCGCCUCACGUUCCGCCAGCCGGCCUGCCGGUGGGGAGAACUCUCCCGGCACCUCCUCUGGUUCCCAGUCCUCUAUCCCCGCGGUGCGCAGUCCCGUGGUCGGUUCUAGACUAAGGCAGCCGAGCCGUUUUGACAGCAUCCUCAGAGGAAAGACUCCAGUCAAUGGCUUCAAGCCCAGUUAUGGACAAGCCGGGAAAAACGGACGACCAAAUCUAACGACGUCUAACGGGAAAAUCACCUCCCCCGCGUCAGAGAGCAAAGAGAAGGGGCGCAAGUACAUCACCGGACCCGAUGGAGCUAAAUGGGUAGUUGACUUGGACCAGGGUGUGCUGAUGAAUCAUGAGGGUAAGGUGCUGCAGGACUCCCACGGUCAGCCUCACAGAGUGGUGCUUGGGGAGGACGGACACACCGUGUUUGAUCUGCAGGGCACCCCUCUGGUGAACCAAGAUGGUAUGGCCCUGUUUGGGAACGGGAGGGACUCUCGCCCAGUGGCGGGAGGGAAGCAAAUUGUGGGACUGGAUAGGCCACGAGCUAGGACCACCACCACAACUACCACCACCAGGCCCACUACUACCACCACCACACCAGAACCAACCACGACGACAGAGAUGGCAACAGAGGAGUCGUCAACAGAGCUCAGCCCCACCUGUCCACCCGGAACGUUCUUUGCCAUGGAUGAAGAUGGGCAGCCCAUGCUAAAUGACUAUGGAGUACUGGACUGCUACCCUGAAGAUGAGUUUGUGCUUGAGUCCUCUUCGAUAGCCACCACCAUGACGCUCCCGACCACCACCACCACCACCACCACCACCACCACCCGCCCAAGCCCCCACAACUCUGGCCCCGCCGUCGAAUUGGACGUGGCUGGCAAGAAACGCUUCACAGCUCCGUACGUGAACUACAUCCAGAAGGACCCCGGGGCCCCCUGCUCGCUGACGGAGGCCCUUGAGUACCUGCAGGUGGACAUUCUGGAGAGCCUCAUGAAGAAGGACAGUCCGGCCGGCAUCCACAACCUGCCCCCCAAGAACAAGCCUCACAACUUCACUGUGGUCGCAAUGGAAGGCUGUCACUCAUUCGUCAUCCUUGACUGGGACCGCCCCCUCCCGGAUGACUCUGUUUCAGGCUACUUGGUCCACAGCGCAUCUUACGACGACGUGCUGAACAACAGGUGGUCCACCAGCGCGUCCUCAGGCACCCACCUGCCUGUGGAAAACCUCAAGCCCAAUUCCAGGUACUACUUUAGAAUCCAGGCCAAGAAUGUGUUUGGACUGGGUCCAGUCAGUGACACCCUGGAGUAUGUGACGGAGUCGGAUGAUCCACUGCUUAUUGAGAGACCCCCAGGUGGCGAGCCGAUCUGGAUCCCUUUCAAGUUCCGCUACAACCCUGCUCACAGCACCUGCAAAGGAAGUCAGUUUGUGAAGCGCACCUGGUACAAGAAGUUUGUGGGCGUAGUCUUGUGCAACUCGCUACGCUACAAGAUCUUCAUGGCAGAUGGACUCAAAGACACGUUCUACAGUGUGGCAGACUCCUUUGGCUACGGCGAGGACCACUGCCAGUUUGUGGAUUCCUACCGGGAUGGCAGGACAGGUCCCCACAGCCUGUCUUUGUACCUGCCUCCAGCACAAGGUUACUACCGCUCGUACAGACAGGAGCCAGUGAACUUUGGCCGCAUCGGCAGGAAUACGGCUCACGGCUUUGUAGGCUGGUACGAGUGUGGCGUCCCCAUCCCGGGCAAGUGGUAACAGAGGGGGUCACCGCGGGGUCGUAGCCCCUGGCAACCACCCUCUGCAUCACUCGCCUGGAACCCACACAGAGACACAUGGACUCUUGCACACCCUUGGCAACCGUAAACAAACAUAUUACUGCUUGUGAGAGAGAGAAUAUAAUACGUUAAAGCAACUCUAAUAUUUCUGCGUAUCCUGUAUCAUGCACUUGAGUUAAGCAAUCUGUAUAUGAGGAAGUGAGAAGCAUGCUACUCCGCCUAUUACUGUGGCCUUUGGAAGGCCAGGGACACAUGAGAGAGAAUGGGCAAGCUAUUCACAAUGCCACGCAAUGGGAUAAUUUAUAUUACAAAAACACAACUCAUUCAUUCCAGCUAAAGGUAAGUUCAAAGCACAAGCAACGCCUCUGACAAAUGGAAGUCUUGCUACAAAACCAAAGGUUAAACCACGACGAAAGAAAGAACAAAUUUGAUAUUUUUCUGUUUGGAUUGUUGAACAGUAGAAUGGUGUAUUUUUAUUUGAUUUUUGUUUGGUUUUGUUUCAUUUUGUUUUUGUUUUGUUUGGGAUUUUUUGUAUCAGAUGUUUUUGCUAACUUGCCAUUUUUAUAUUCUUUGAUAUUUGUAUCUGUGUAUUUCAAUGAAAGUUGAUGUGGAAGUAUUGCCCAUUAGCGGGCUAACGGUAAAAUAAACCUAAUCGGUGCUCAGGAACGGUUCUGACUGAAUAAAGGUGCUAAAAACUUGA